AUCGCUUCUUCUCAAAAACCUUCACCUCCUCCCCAUCCAUCCCAUACCCCACAAAAAUGAGGCCCAUUCUCUUACAAGGCCACGAGCGCUCCUUGACGCAGAUCAAGUUCAACCGCGAGGGCGAUCUCUUGUUCUCCUGCUCGAAGGACCAGGUCAUCAACGUCUGGUAUACCUACAACGGCGAGCGGUUAGGCACGUAUGAUGGCCACAACGGCACAGUAUGGACAGUGGACGUGGAUACUGACUCCAAAUACCUUGUCUCUGGCGCGGCCGACAACACCAUGCGGCUAUGGCAGGUUGAGACUGGCAAGUGUCUUUACACCUGGGAGUUCCCAACCGCAGUGAAGCGCGUUGCGUUCAGCCCGGACAACACGCAGGUAGUAUGCAUCACGGAGCAACGUAUGGGCUACCAAUGCGCGAUCCGGGUGUUCAACAUCAAUCGGGAGGAGGGCACGAAGCAAUCGAAAGAGCCUCUCCACAUGUUCAACCCGAUCGGCUCGAAGGCGACCGUCUGCGCCUUCACCAACAUCCCCAACGUGAUCGUCACUGGACACGAGUCUGGCAAGGUCGCGCAGUUCAAUGUGAAGACGGGCGAGGAGAUCGACAACAACGAGCGCGCCCAUGGCGAUACCAUCACCGAUCUGCAGCUCAGCAAGGACCGGACAUACUUCAUCACCAGCAGCAAGGACAAGAGCUCGAGGAUACACGAUACCAAGAGCUUGAUGGUGAUCAAGACCUACACGACAGAGACCCCGCUCAACAGCGCUGCCCUUGCACCAAACAAGCCAUACGUGCUCUUGGGAGGGGGGCAAGAUGCUAUGAGCGUCACGACGACUUCUUUGCGGCAGGGCAAGUUCGAGACGCGGUUCUGGCACAAGGUCUUCGAGGAGGAGGUCGGCCGCGUGAAGGGCCACUUCGGACCUAUCAACACGCUGGCUGUGCACCCUGGCGGCAUCGGAUACGCCUCCGGUGGAGAGGACGGCUUCGUGCGCAUGCACCAUUUCGAUGAGAGUUAUUUCCGCGCAAAGCCAUACGGCGACUACGACAUUGAGGAUUGAUUUAUGUAUUCUGUACAGUAGUGUACCAUGUACAUGCUAGUUGCGCGCUUUGCUAGACCACACUGCAACCACACUGUUUGCCUACGAUGGUUGGGCUGAUCUCGAGCGCGCGUUGGCUGCGGUCGGAAUGAAUUGUGC